AUGGGAUUUGUAAAGUGGGUGCAAAAACUCUCCUCAGAGGUACCGUUUCUGGAAAUUGUGCUAAAGAAGUCAACGAAAGGGUCGGUUGUCCUGGGCUACGUAUUUCGUCACUUAAACCUAGUGGAGAUAGAUUACUUUGGACUGCGCUACUGUGACCAAAGUCAUCAAACGUACUGGCUGGAUCCUGCAAAGACCCUUGCUGAACAUAAGGAAUUGAUAAACACUGGACCACCAUACACGCUGUAUUUCGGCAUUAAAUUCUAUGCAGAAGAUCCAUGUAAACUUAAAGAAGAAAUAACAAGGUAUCAGUUUUUCUUGCAGGUCAAGCAAGAUGUUUUACAGGGCCGCUUGCCUUGUCCAACCAACACUGCAGCGCAGCUGGGAGCAUAUGUGAUUCAGUCUGAGCUGGGGGACUAUGACCCGUACAAGCAUACUGCAGGUUAUGUGUCAGAGUACCGGUUUGUUCCGGACCAGAAGGAAGAACUAGAAGAUGCCAUAGAACGGAUACACAAAACUCUGAUGGGUCAAGUUCCUGCUGAGGCAGAAGCGAAUUACUUGGGGGUGGCCAAAUCCCUGGAAAUGUACGGAGUGGAUCUCCAUCCUGUUUAUGGUGAAAACAAAUCUGAAUAUUUUUUAGGAUUAACACCCGUAGGAGUUGUUGUCUACAAGAAUAAAAAACAAGUAGGGAAAUAUUUCUGGCCUAGAAUUACAAAAGUUCACUUCAAGGAAACACAGUUUGAACUCAGAGUCGUGGGAAAAGAUUGCAAUGAAACUUCCUUCUUUUUUGAAGCACGUAACAAGACUGCAUGCAAGCAUCUCUGGAAAUGUUGUGUAGAACAUCAUACAUUUUUCAGAAUGCCAGAGAAUGAGUCAAACUCUCUGUCAAGAAAAUUCAGCAAGUUUGGAUCCAUAGGUUAUAAACAUCGGUACAGUGGCAGGACGGCUUUGCAAAUGACCAGAGACCUUUCUAUUCAGCUUCCCCGGCCUGACCAGAGUGUUGAAAGAAGUCGCAGUAAGACUUAUCCGAAAAGAACACAACAGACCGGCUCUAACAGCAUAAACCAGAUUACAACAAAUGGGGAACAUGAACGAACUACCAAAAUUAUUGCACCUUCUCCAGUGAAAAGCUUUAAAAAGAUGAAAAAUGAAAACAGCCCAGAAACCCAAAGAAGUAAAACAAGUGCACCGUGGGAGGAAAACGGCCCAAAGAGUGGGCUGUAUAAUUCUCCCAGUGACCGCAAUAAAUCACCAAAGUUUCCUUACUCUCGGCGACGGAACCCAUCCGGUGGCAGUGAGAAUGAAUCUGGGCAGCCAGUCCGGAGGAGGAAAGCCCAAAACAGUGGCGAAGAUUCAGAUUUAAAGCCAAGGAGAAGAUCGCGGUCUCGGUGUAACACCAGCAGCGGCAGUGAAUCAGAAAACUCUACCAGAGAACACCGGAAGAAGAGAAACAGGUUACGGCAAGAGAAUGACAUGGUUGACUCAGCUCCUCAGUGGGAAGCCGUGCUGCGGCGACAAAAGGAGAAAAACCAGGCAGAUCCGAACUACCGUCGAUCCAGGCACAGAUCUCGAUCGAGAAGCCCAGAUGUACAAGCUAAAGAACAACUGUGGAAACAUAUUCAGAAGGAACUUGUGGAUCCAUCUGGCCUGUCUGAGGAGCAAUUGAAAGAAAUCCCAUACACUAAAGUAGAGACUCAAGGUGACCCAAUUCGCAUUAGACAUUCGCAUUCCCCUCGAAGCUACCGGCAGUAUCGGCGCUCCCAGUGCUCUGAUGGCGAAAGAUCUGUUCUGUCAGAAGUGAAUGCAAAAACGGAUCUGGUGCCUCCACUGCCUGUGACACGUUCCUCAGAUGCUAGAGGACCCAGCAUCCAGUUGACUCAACAGAGACGAAAUGGAUCUAAAGACAGCCUAAUAGAAGAAAAAUCUCUGCUAUCCACUAACAACCUGGAUGGAAAACCCACCACUAAAACAAUAAAAACUGUACAGGUGUCACGCCUCAAGGUAGAGACUUGAUUGCUGUAACCGAAGAUGGUGAAUGAUUUUAUUCUUUGGAAACAGAGAGGGGGUUUUUGUGCAAGGAAGGAAGCUAAAGUUGGAGCGAUAGCAAUUUCCUCAGAACUUGCAGAAACGCAGCGCUUGCUGGGAAGGCCAAGCAAUGCAUUUACCGCUUACGCUGCUCUAGUGGUGUGACUGACUGAGGAGAAGCUGCCUGAUUAGACAACCAAAAAGAAAAGUCUUAGUAAAACUGAAUAAUCAGCAGUUACAUUUCCAAAAAAGAAAAAAAAAAAUUGCUGCAACAAAACAGGCUUUACGGUCUGCUCUGUAACUGAAUUGCCUUUUUCCAAAAAUGACUGUUAACUAACAUGAUCAGGACCAGAUGCUCUAAGGGAAUCAAAAUAGUCAUAUUUUUUGGCCAAUUGUGCAAUGCAGUAUGACUUGGGAAGAAACAUCUUUACAAUUCCAUCUGGUGAUUAACUUACACCCUGAAACAUAAGGAUUGCUAGCUCUUAAAACGUUUGUUUUAGCUUAGCACAACAACAGAUGCUGGUGUUGUUAAUACAAAUGUUGACUCAAUCAAUUUUUAGCUCAGAAAUAAUGGACUGCAUAACUCCCUGUGGCAGAGAGUUCCAGGGAUUAUACAGAUUUACUUUCACUCAACAGUUCAAGUGUUUGCAAUUUUGAAUGCCCUUUUGUGUACAGGGACUAUUUAAUUGAACAUUGCCUACUAUAAGAAUAGAUCUAACAUCUUUAUGGUAAACCACACUGGAAACAUCUGGAUAUGUACUGACCUACUGUAUUAAGUGACCUACUGUAUUAAGACCGCUUAGCAGAGCACUUAAAUAUCAGUUAAACAAAACUUGUAGAGUAGGAUUUAAAGAGCUGGCAAAUAGCCCUUUUUUUAAACUAGAUUAGCAAAGCCUGCCUUAAUCUCUUUUCAUAUGGAAUAAUGUCAAUGACCUCUAUUACUCCUCUCUGAGCCACUUCUUCUGUGAUAAAAUGACAAAGGCAGUAUUCCAGGUGUGAUAAUUAUAUUUUAUUCUAUUGUCAAGGUAGGACUAGUAAGUUUUAAUGAUGCUGCACAUUGAGCAGAUUAUCUUCCAGCGCGUGCCUGAUGUGACGCCUAGAUCUGUCCUAUUGCUUUGUAUGAAUAGUUGAAGUCAUUCAUGUCUCUUCCAUUUGUCUUCAGUCUGUACACUGCCUACCCUCCUCGCUUUGCCAGCUUACUAAGGAGCUUAGCAAAACCUUUUUGUUAUGAAGGGAACUUUGCUAAGUGUAAUCCCCAAACUACAUACUGAAUUUUUUAAACAGCAAUGGAAACAGCUGUUGUAGUUCAUGUGCCCUUGGUAUAGGGGGUUUUAUUUUCCCCUUCAUCUUUAGAGUCUUUAUUCUCUGCAAUGAUCGGAAGUGGUCAGAUGAAUGCCAUUAUGCAGGGUAGUAAUGGUACAGUUUGUAUGUUCCUAUGACAAUAUGGACUGGUCUGCAGGUUGAGAGAUACUGCACCAUUCCAGGGAAGGCAGGUUCACCUGACAGAUAAGUGUCCAAAGAAAAAUAUCUCAGAUAGUGCUUCUCCUUUGGUCUCAGUGAACAAUCCUAAGGUAAGGAAGAGCUUGGAGCAAAUGUAGUUUUCACAGAGGUUCUUCAACAUUUUCUGAAUUUACUACAGACAUCACCCUAAGACACUGUUGGGCUUGGCUUAAAGUAAUUGCUCAAACUGUUUGUAAAAGUCUUUUAAAAAGUAUCCCAAACUUUGAAAUGAAUGGUUUCAUUGUCAUUUUUCCAUUUACAGUGAUUCUUUAGGAUCUGUUUAUGACCUGGAGCAGUAUUCUCACACGUAUUGCUUUAAACAAAAACAACAACCCAUUGUCCUAUAGCUUAAUCUGUAUCACCACAAUCCUUUGGAAUACUCCCAAGAAUACUAAAAUUAUGACUAACCACACAAGAACUGGUUAAGGUACCCUGAAUCAAAGCUGCUCCUUAUUUCUUCAAGAAGCUGUCCCAAGCUUGGAGCUUUAUACAUUUGCUUGUAGUUUGUUGCUUUCUAAAUUACUGCCUCUCUUCUGGUCUCCUUACUGAGGUAGAGGCAAGUAGAACACCUCUAUUACUUUAGGAGUACUUGCAUUCUUAUGAUUUGAGAAUAUCUGUACACGCUGUCCGUAUCUUGUCAAUCUUCAAGUCUUAUCGAUCAGGAAGAAAGUUACUUACAAGGCUUACAUCCAACCUGGUGUUUCCCUGGAUGCUGUCUCCUGCCUAUGGGCUUUUGUAUAUUAUCAAUGGAUACCAUCAGCUAGAUGUGUGAUAUCUUACUUAUUCCACUAUAUCAGAAAAUAGGCUUAUGUCUAGACUAGUAUCCAUAUUUUUCAAUUCUAAAUUGGUAGUAAAACAGCAUUUUUCUAGUCAAGCUAACUUGUUUUUUUUUUUAAAAAAGAGAAACUUGCAGAAAGAGUCCUGCACUUGAAUUAGUGGUUACUCCCAAUGAGACUGUGUAAGAAUCACGUUUUAACAAGCCUAAUGAUCAGCCUGGAUCAAUACAAUUUUGUCUCAGUACAAGAAAGACUGAGCUUACUGCACGUAUUGCAUGUUAGUGUGAGAACAAGACAAAAUUCAGACAAGGACAUCACUGUCAGCUAGUAGAACAGAAAAGGAAAGUUAUUCUGUAUAUAUGCACCUCCAAUCCCUUUGAGCUUGUCUUCCCGGGUCAUUUGAGGAAAGGCACCUCUUGUGAUUUCUUCAGUUUUGUACAUGAGAUCUAAAAGUAAUCAAUCACCAAAAGCACUUACCAUGCUACAGCUGUACUCCGUAAGCCUACAACAGGAGUACAAGAUCAACAAGUGGCUGGCCAAUUAGCAACUCGGAGCUGCACCUAGCCCUUCCUGCGGUUACUACGCUCCCCCGCUUCCUUGGGCUUGGGCCCCUUGCUGCCCAGCAGCAGCAGCGCUGCGUUGCGCAGUCCGAGCACGAAGCUCCCGGUGCCUCCUUGUGCGUCAGGCACAAGAUGGGAAAUGCUUAACCACGUUAGGCAAAGUUCUCCCUUGGGCUGGGUCUUACACAGACUUGUCCUACAUGGGCAAAGGACUGAAAUGAGAUGUUCUCUUCCUGGUUCUGCUUCCGGUCUGCUGAAGCAAUCUCAGGCGAAUGACUUUAACUUUGUGCCUCAGCGUUUACCUCUCCUGAGAUUUCUGUAAGUAAGUGCUAUGAAUAGAUAAGCUACGGAUCUGUCUCACCCAUUAGCUGGCAACAUCCAACUACACAGAUGUACCUCUUAGCAAAACAAGUAUUUUACACAAUAAAGAGGGCUGGUUAUCCACACCACAAAAGCAUUUUCGCAUAUCCCAGACUGAUCUCCUUGCUCGUUAGCUGGUUUCUUCAUCAGGCAGGAGCUAGCCUUGACCUUUUCUACAAUGCAUUGUCAAAACUGCUGACCUACAAUUCAUACUCUGGUUAAGCUCAUUUUCUUGCAAGGUGUUGGUUCAGAAAAAAACAAAAACAAAAAACUAACAUUUAAGUUGCCAAAUCAUCUUCAUGCAAUUGAAUAUUGAACUGGAUAGCAUAUUUUGUUUUGGAAAAGUCUGUUUAAUUCAAAGCUCUCUGGAAAGAUGUUUUAAAACAACCUACAUAAACAUAUCAAUGUGAUGCGUAUACUCUAUGUACGUUAAGUUAAAUAUUCAUGAAGCAACUGUGUGCUUUGUUUAAAAUUGAGUUUGAUAGAUGGCUGUGUCAAAACUUGUGUCCAGGUUAUUUAAAAGUCAAGUAAAACUUGAAUUUUUAGGGCAUUCCAUGGUUGCCUAUGUGUCUUAUUUACAUUACACAGAGGAGAAGAACUUCAGAAACACACAGAUUCAUUUGACAGCACCAUCUGGUAGAAACAGGUGUAGUACCAAUUAAAAUCCACUUGAGGAUACAGCUUCUCCAGAUUAAGUAUUUUUGCUGGUAGCAGAGAGUUGUCACAAGUUUUUUGUAUACUUCCAAUACAUACCCCAGCUUCCUUAUCUAAAAGGAAAAUCACCACCAACAAGCAUCAGACUCCAUGAGCUGUCAAACCAAACAUACAGAGCCAGUGUGGCAGAUGUGUGCUCUCUCCUUCAUGUGCCCAUGUUUUAAUUUCUUCCCUGUAUUUGUCUCCUUGAUAAGAGUGAGGAAAACUGCUGCCCUUACAGCUGGCCUCAGUUUGCAUGAUAUAUACCUGCCAUAGUAUUAAGAUCUUGAAAAUUAUUAGACCUUACAUAUUUCCUCAAUAAGGGCAUUAGAAUGUACUUGACAUUCUUCAUAAACUACUUCUGCUAAUUUUACUACAAACAAGCCCCUUUGCCAGGAAAAAGAAAUAAUAAAUAAUUUACAUUCAAUAAUAUUACUGGUCAUGCACUGAUGCAAACUGUCUGUUUUCAUUUAUUAGAUCAAGCCUCAGUGAAGUUGGACUGAAUUGUAUAAGUCUCAAUGCAGUGAGAUGAAAGGUAAAGGGGAAUUGAGAACAAGCCAGCUGUUUCCUUUCUAUCCUCACCCCAUAGGAGUUAUGAUUCUCAGGCUUUGAAUAUUAACCCUCUUUCAUAGAGCACCAAAGCCGUCUGUACAGUAUAUCCAUUUCUGGCAUAGUGAGAACAAAGAAAGCAAGCAACA